AGACUUUUUCACCACAGCAUGGCGGCUCUGGCAGCUGUAGCACACACAUUCAUUCACUCGUAAACGUUUGCGCAAAGAAAAAACACCGAAAAUUUGCAGCAUCUGCAAAAUACGCGUAAAAUUAUUGAAUUACAAACCUAUUAUUGAAUAAAUUCGCUUGAAAAAUGUCGAUCGGUGUACCAAUCAAAGUUCUGCACGAGGCUGAGGGCCAUAUAAUCACUUGCGAGACUAUCACCGGCGAAGUCUACCGCGGCAAGCUCAUCGAGGCAGAGGACAAUAUGAAUUGCCAAAUGACACAAAUUACGGUUACAUAUCGAGAUGGGCGCACGGCCAAUCUGGAGAAUGUGUACAUACGCGGCUCGAAGAUACGUUUUCUCAUACUGCCCGACAUGUUGAAGAAUGCGCCGAUGUUUAAAAAGCAAACCGGCAAAGGUCUUGGUGGCACAGCGGGCCGCGGCAAAGCAGCUAUAUUGCGAGCACAGGCGCGCGGUAGAGGUGGCAGAGGAUCGGGACCGCCAGGAGGAGGACGAGGUGGCGGCCCACCCGGUGCACCCGGUGGUGGCGGACGCGGCGCAUGGCAAGGCGGCCCAACAGGCGGACGUGGACGUGGCGGCUUGUAAAUGAAGGAAGCAAACGGGUGCACAUUCUACUAAUAUAAUUUAAGGGCAUUUAUUCUUAGCGGGCGGGACGCAAAAACAAAAAUACACAUGUUGAAUAUCUUAUUAUAAAGUGAAAGAGAACAAAUAAGACGAUAGAAACUUGAA